AUGCUUCCUGCUAGCUGUGCAGAUCCAUUCAUGGAAUACGUAUGUUCUACCUCUUUUCCAAGAGUAGAAGCAACCAAUGUUCCCAGCAACUUCAAUGUCAGAUUUGCAUGCAAGUCAACGUGCCAGGCAGCUGUAACUGGAUGUUCAGGAUUGCUGACAGCUGCUGGCAAAGCUGACCAAGUUCCCAAUUGCGAUGUACCCAUUCCAGGAACAACACAGUUUUUGCCUCAAGGAGUUUUCUUCCAACCUGAUGGCGAAUGCAACGUAGUUAAACCACUGAACGGCGGCAAUCCACCAGGAGGUGGAACAGGAGGUGGCAAUAACCACAAUAACCAAACUAUGACUUGUGUAGCGCCCUUUAUUGCUGAUACAAUGGAAGGGCCUGGCGGGACCACGACCAACGAACAAUACUGUAAGAUGGGAUGCUGUCUUCCUUGCCCAGCUCAAUACUCACUUUACCGUACAGGCGCAUUGGAAACAGGGUUCAAGAUUACAAACACAAUGCGUGCAGUGUCGAUGGUCCUCAGCUUUAUUCUGAUGAUCUCCUAUCUUUUCUUGCCGGACAAGCGCUCGCACCCAAGAGGUAUGCUUAUUUUUGCUUCAGUCGCGACCUGUGCAUGGUGCUCUGCGUUGAUUCCAAUCUGCAUUUGCACACUGUCUGAAUUCAGCCUGGUUGCCCGCAAGUAUUGGCUCUUGCAUACAUUCUGUUGGGACUCGCCAUCACAGUCACAAGCUGUGCCUGGGUCUGGGCGAACAGGUGUUGAUUCUGAGACGGUUUCGCGAUCAACCUUGUCUGCUGGUGCAGCAGCGAUGAUCUCACAACGUCGCCAUAUCAAGCCAGAGACAUUGCUCCCUCAUAUUGCAGAGUUUAUGACCUGUUUGAUGAAGCCGGGAGCAACACAUGAUGGGUGCGUAGAGGGAAUGGCGCCACACCUGCCUCCGUACGGAUUGAUGAUCGCAGCCGAAUUCUUGGUCUCAGCCAUUGCAAUUCGCCGUCUAUUCUUGAAGUAA